AUAAAAAAAAGGAAAACAAAAUAAGUUUGAUUUGGGGUUUCCAGUUCUCUUCCCUCCUGGUUUCCCAUCUCUCCCUUUCCACUUACCAUAACCUACCUUUGUCAUUUUCCUUCUCUCCCUCCCAAUGAAAGAACCUCCUCGCACAUUCUAGUAAUAAUAAUUAACACUAUUCAAUUCAUUUUCAUACAUAAACAUCACAUAAUCGAAAUUAUCAUUUUUUAUUUUACCAAAAAAUAAAUAAUGGGUGACAAUAAACGCAAAAGAGGUCGCAAACCCAAAAACCCUUCUCCCGAAACCCUAGAAACCACAACCACCGCCCCAACCACCACAAUCGCCGCCGAACCUUCUCCUUCUAACAACGACGAUGAUUUCUCAAUCGGAAACGUUGAACUCAUCGACAACAACACCGCUUCUUCCCAACUCGGCCGGGGUCGUGGACGCGGACGCCCUAAAAAACCCGCCACCGUUCCCGACAAGGCUCCUGCCGGACGCCGUGCCACCCGUGGUGUCGACAGUAACGGUGCUGUCCCUGUCCCGACCGUUCCGGUUGAAGUCGGGGGCGCUACUCCUAUGGAUGCAGAUCCUAUAUGGGAAAGCUUAUCGGCGAGAGUGAUGCCGUCGAUGGAUUCGGUGGUGAAAGUGUUCUGUGUACAUACAGAACCGAAUUUUUCGUUACCAUGGCAGAGGAAGAGACAAUAUAGUUCUAGUAGUAGUGGGUUUGUGAUAAGUGGGAAGAGGGUUCUUACUAAUGCACAUUCUGUUGAGCAUUAUACUCAGGUGAAGCUUAAGAAACGUGGCUCUGAUACUAAGUAUUUGGCUACUGUUCUUGCUAUUGGAACUGAGUGUGAUAUUGCCAUGCUUACCGUUGAUGAUGAUGAGUUCUGGCAAGGGAUGUCGCCUGUGGAGUUUGGGGAGUUGCCUACCCUUCAAGAUGCAGUAACUGUUGUGGGCUACCCAAUUGGGGGAGACACUAUCUCUGUGACCAGUGGUGUUGUAUCACGUAUUGAGAUUUUAUCUUAUGUCCAUGGUUCCACAGAACUUCUAGGUUUACAGAUAGAUGCUGCUAUAAAUUCUGGAAAUUCUGGUGGACCUGCAUUUAAUGGUAAAGGAAACUGUGUGGGGAUAGCAUUUCAGUCCCUCAAACAUGAAGAUGUGGAAAAUAUAGGUUAUGUCAUUCCAACGCCAGUUAUCAUGCAUUUCAUCAAGGAUUAUGAGAAGAAUGGGGGAUAUACUGGGUUCCCUAUUCUCGGGGUUGAGUGGCAGAAAAUGGAAAAUCCUGAUCUACGAAUGUCAGUGGGCAUGAAAUCAGAUCAGAAAGGUGUGCGUAUCAGAAGAAUUGAUCCUACUUCUCCUGAAUCUAAGGUUUUAAAACCGUCAGAUGUUAUCCUUAGCUUUGAUGGGAUUGAUAUUGCCAAUGAUGGAACAGUCCCAUUUCGCCAUGGAGAGCGCAUUGGUUUCAGUUAUCUCAUAUCACAGAAAUAUACUGGCGAUGACGCAGCAAUCAAAGUAUUGCGGAAUUCAAAUGUUCUCAAAUUCAAUAUUAAACUUGAUGGUCAUAGAAGGCUUAUUCCAGCACACAGCAAGGGCAAGCCUCCCUCAUAUUAUAUUAUUGCAGGAUUUGUUUUUUCAACUGUUUCAGUUCCUUAUCUUCGUUCUGAGUACGGAAAGGACUAUGAGUAUGAAGCUCCAGUGAAGAUUUUGGAUAAACUGCUGUAUGCAAUGCCACAAUCACCAGAUGAACAACUUGUUGUGAUUUCACAGGUGCUGGUGGCUGACAUCAACAUUGGAUACGAAGAGAUUGUUAACACCCAGGUCGUUGGUUUUAAUGGUAAACCAGUGAAAAACCUUAAGAGCUUGGCUGCUAUGGUAGAGAAUUGUGAUGAUGAGUAUCUAAAAUUUGAUUUAGAUUAUGAACAGAUAGUAGUCCUUCGCACGAAGACUGCAAAAGCUGCCACGCUAGAUAUUCUUGCAACACACUGCAUUCCAUCAGCAAUGUCUGAAGAUCUUAAGUCAUAGUCAUGUAAUUCUGCAUCUCGGCUGCUGCGGUUUCAUGCAUAGUACUGGUUAAAAUAGAGCAGAUGUGUAGGCUUGACUUGAUUUUUUGUUAGAUUGAUUUCCUACAUGUUAUUGGGAACUUCAGAAUGCUUCAUUUAUAUGUAGUAAUGCCUUUUGGGCUAAUGAGUCUGCAUUUUGAAAGGAUGGUAGAUAGCUAAGCAGGAUCUACAAUUGUCGUUUGUUAUUUUCGAUAUUUUAAAUUUUGAGGGCACUGAGCAAUGUUGAGAGUAUUACUCACAGAUGUGAUACCUUUUAGACAAGCAAUACAAAACAAACUAUACUCCUGAAAAA